AUGGCUGGAUCACAAUCAAGAGCUCAGCCGACCAGGCUGUAUCUCCUUGCCUACAACACUACCUGCGCCAUCAUCUGGGCGCGAAUCCUCUUCACAACCAUCACAACUCUAAUCUCUUCAGAUGUCCCAUCGGUAUACGCACUCGAGCCAUGGACCCGAUUUGCCCAGACUCUAGCUGUGGCUGAGAUUCUCCACGCUGCAACAGGGAUUGUCCGCUCCCCCGUAUUCACGACCUUUACCCAGGUUUUUGCCCGCUCGGUCCAAGUGUGGGCCAUCAAUUAUGCUUUCCCGGAUGUCACGAAGCCUUCUGUUGCGUAUCCCGCCAUGCUUCUUGCCUGGGCGACAGCUGAUACUAUCCGAUAUUCUUAUUUCGCUAUCAUGUUGGCGGAUUGGCCCAUUCCACGGGCCUUGAAAUGGGCGAGGUAUUCUUUGUUCAUUAUCUUGUAUCCCGUCGGUAUCAGCAGUGAGUGGUGGUUGAUGUACAAUGCGACCAAUGUUGCGGAACACUGGGCUGUGACCAGCAUAUUUUACUUUUUCUUAGGAUUAUAUGUGCCUGGCUCGGUGAUGAUGUACUCGUACAUGCUGAAGCAGAGACGGAAGGUCAUGGCUCUUCAAUGA